CUCCUCCUCCUCUCCUCCAACGGUCACCUCCCCCUCGCGCUCGCCAUGCCCCCAGCCUUACCUUCUACCCGCUCCUAGAGAUCCUUGCCUCCCCCCAAAAGAGACCCAUGUCUCCCCGGGACACACUCGCUGCGCCUCGGGACUCCUCUUUCCCGUACGCGCCUAAACAACGCCAUCGCCUCUUUCCCGCUCACGUGUAGACACCAUUCUCACACACACUUAACUCUCUUUUCCACAAGGGUCCAGCCCCCUCCCACAUGUGUGCAAUCGCCUCUCUCCCAGACACACGCGUCUAAGCAACUCUUCCACAACCAUCGCCUCAUUCCCACGUGCCUGUAGCUUGUCUAAGGGCCUCUUUCCCGCCCACAUGUAACUGUCUCUUUUCCAUUUGCAUCUAACUAACUCUUUCCCACAAGUGUGUAAACACCUUUCCCACACAUCUAAACAAUUCUUCCACAACCGUUUAAGCGCCUCUUUCCCACACACAUGUAACCACCACCUUUUCACUACACUUGUGUAACUGCCUCUUUCCCACACGCUUGUAGCCACCUUUUUACUACACUCGUCCAAUGGCCUCUUUCCCACAAGCGUGUAACCUUCCCUUUCCCACAGGCCUGUAGCCACCUCUUUCCCACUUGUGUGUAACUGUCUCUUCCACACGUGUGUAACCAACUCCUUCCCACAGGCGCGUAAACCGCCUCUUUCACCUCUCCUGCCCAAAAGCAAAGAUGGCCUCUUCCAAACGGUGUUGCCACCCCCCUCACACAAAAAGCCGUAGCCCUAGAGGUUCCUUCAACCCACCCCAGUUUGGACUGGGCCAUCUUCGUCCCCUCCGCCAUCAGAGGCUGCCUUGCUCUUUUCUGGCCCUGGGGGUCUACUUCCCCUCCUGUUCCCACACACAGAGUAGGAAGCAGCCACGAUACUACAGCCUAUUUUGGUGCCAGCAGAGUCAUACUCAGAACCCUCUGCAGGUUGGGACCGAAAUCCAGUCCAGGUUUUUUGCUGCUCAGGGCUGCAAUCAAAACCCCUUCCAGACUGCCACCACCACAGCUCCUCCCCAGCAGACAGCUACCACUGCUGAGUCCCUCCAAGUGGACCUCCUACCUGUCUUGGCUGCAGCCCAGGAAACAGCAGCUGCUGCUGCUGUGGUUGCUGCUGCCACUGGUUCUGCACCAGCUGCUUCCACAGUAGACACGGCUGCCUUGAAACAGCAGCAGCCUUCUGCUUCCGAGGGUGGAGGUGGCCAGGUAGCACCAUCCUCUCAAAACACCCAAGCCCCAACCUCCCAGGCAGCUGCUACUACACCUCAGGCAAGUGAGGCCCAGAAGAAGCAGAAGAGCAAAGGUCCCUACAUCUGUUCUCUGUGUGCAAAAGAAUUCAAAAAUGGCUAUAACCUGCGACGCCAUGAAGCCAUUCACACAGGAGCCAAAGCUUCUCGUUCUGGGCCCACCACCAUGAAGAUGCCCACCAUGGUUCCCCUCAGCUUGCUUAGUGUUUCUGCCAUUGGUGGUACAACCCAAGCAACCCCUUCCCCUGCUGAGGGUGGAGGAAACACUGCAGGGUCAGGUGCUGGGCUGGUGACCACUACAGCAUCAGGCAAACGCAUCCGGAAGAAUCAUGCAUGUGAAAUGUGUGGGAAAGCCUUCCGGGACGUCUACCAUCUCAAUCGGCAUAAGUUGUCGCAUUCAGAUGAGAAGCCCUACCAGUGUCCUGUUUGCCAGCAGCGAUUCAAGAGGAAGGAUCGCAUGAGCUACCACGUUCGUUCACAUGAUGGUGCUGUGCACAAGCCGUACAUCUGCAGCCACUGUGGGAAGAGUUUCUCCCGGCCGGACCAUUUGAAUAGCCACGUGCGGCAAGUCCAUUCGACAGAGAGGCCCUUCAAAUGUGAGACUUGUGAGGCGGCUUUUGCCACCAAGGAUCGGCUGCGUGCUCACACGGUCCGUCAUGAGGAGAAGGUGCCAUGUCAUGUAUGUGGAAAAAUGCUGAGCGCUGCUUACAUCACAGACCACAUGAAAGUACACAGCCAAGGACCGAAUCAUGUCUGUGAACUGUGCAACAAAGGUACGGGUGAGGUCUGCCCCCUCGCGGCAGCCGUCUCGGCCCCACCUCCCGCUGCCGUCACGGUGCUGCCCAUGGAGGGAGCUUCGGUUGUGAGCCAAGCCCUCCCCACACAGCCCUGGUGAUUUCUGGGAGCAGGGAGGCAGAAGUCCACCUGCCCAGUCCCAUCCCUCUCCCUCACUGGCAGCUGGAGCCUCCAAGCCCAGAUGGAUAUGCAGUGGCCAUAUUUGGGUUUCUAAUUUAAUGGUGGUUUCAUUCAUUCUCUCCCCUGCCUGUGCUCGUAAAAUAGUGGGGCCAGGAAAGCACUUGCCUAGCCAAGGCAGAAGCUCUUGUUCAGAGACCCAUGGAAGGGCUUUGUGUGCAUUCAGAGAGCGCCCUCAUUUUAUUGACUCCUCUGCUCUAUGACCCCUAACUCCUCCUCCCAAAGCAGUCCCAGGAAUCCAGGCACCCCCUCCUGUUCCUAUCUCUAAUGAAACAGCUACAAGUCUUGGUCACCGUAAGUCUCUUGCUCAUCCCAGCAGCACCCCGUUGCCCCAAAUUAGCUACACAAAAAGAAUGAGACAGUGGGACAGAAAGACAGGUUUGAUUUGGGAUCAGAAAGGGGAGGGCUGAAGGCUGAGGUAGCUGUGGGAAAGAAUUAUGGAGUGACAUUGCAGCUGGAGGGAGCCCAGAACUGGGAAUAAUGGGGUGUGGGUUAAGCGGUUGACAGAGGUUGUAGUGCCCACAGAGAAGUUAGAAAGGGGUACGAAUCAGGCCUCGGGGGGCAUAAGAGGUGCCUGGAGUUCAGAUGAAGGGAGGGAGCUGCAGUGAAAUGGAAUAGAGAAGGUCUGUCUUCCUCCAUGGCUGCAGUGGAGUGUCCUCCAUUCCUCUGCUGAGGAGCUGCUCUGGAUGUCCCUCCCUUGCCCCAGUGCCUCAUUCUUCCACGGUGUCUGUUUUAAUGCUCCAUUCCCUCCGCUUCUCUCGUGGUUAGUGUUCCAAGCGUGUCAGCCUUCCACACCAAGCAUCGAUGCCCCCCACCCGCUGAACACCUUCCUUGUUGCAUGCAACCCCCACUGAUUGGGGUUAGAAUCUCGCUUUUUUGUAUUAUAUAUAUAAAAAGAUCCCUUGACAUUUAAAAUAACCCCCCCCCCCUUUGUGUUUUUUUGUUUUUGUUAACACAAAAUGUAAUGAAGCAGUGUCCAUCUAUCCUCUCUCCCCUUGUUCCUUCCCUUUUACCUCGACCUCUUCCCUCUUCUGUAAACCCUUUCUGGAUCUAUGUCUGAACAGCAAAAGAUUUUAGUAAAAACAUUGAAGGAAAAACAAAACCCACA